AGAUGCGUGUGACCAAUGAUUUUGCUGUAUGUUUACAGGUCCGGACGAAAAACGCCGACUGUAUGUUUAGGUGUUAUAAAGAGUUGUUAUAUCAGUUUGGCCGUUUUUUUGGAUAUUUCUCGUCGAUCAGCGUAUUGAAAAUCUCCGCAGAAAAAUCUCCUUAAUGUAGUAACCGGAAAAGUGUUUUGUUCGUUGACGAGUGGCUGGUGUUCCAUUUGUUUAUAAUCUCAGCCAUCCGAUCUUCAGCUUCCCUAGCUGGGGUCCAAAUAGAAAGUGUGGCGUGGUGUAGAGAAUGGAGGAUUCAAAUCAGAAUUGUCAUGGCGGUUAUGACAGCGUGGCGAUACACUAGCGACCGUCUCCUCGGAGGAUGGGGCCCACUUCUCUGUCUUGUCCUGGGAUCUCUGGUGGCCCUGCUGACACCCUUGGUUGGAGUAGAGGAGUGCAAUGGUUCCUUGAAUGCCAUCGCACAGUUUCGAUGCCGGCUGUGGGGGGUCUCCCUGCAGCCCCCAGCUGUGCAGACCACCGGCCUCACUCUUCCUCUUACGGGCCUCGACCUCCUUCCGCUCAGAUCCAAGCCUAGCAAAGAGAUGAUUUUUGAGGCCAGAGCGGCUCUGCAGCUGGCCCAGGAGAUGAGGAAACAUGGCAAGAAGGAGAAAGCUCACAAGCUGCUGGUACACGCACUCAGUCUGAAUCCAGACUUUGUGGACGCCCUGACCGAGCUCGGGAGUAUUUUGGAGGAGGAAAAGGACGUCGUGCAAGCAGACCACCUGUACACGAAGGCGUUGGCUAUCUCACCUUGUAACAAGAGAGCACUGGUGAGCCGAGACCGCACCCUGCCGUUGGUGGAGGAGAUUGACCAGCGUCACUUUGGCAUCAUUGACCGUAAGGUGCGUAGGCUCAUGUCCAUCCCUAAAAGCAACUCUGCGCUACGCCGGGUGAUGGAGGAGGCUUACUACCACCACAUCUACCACACAGUGGCCAUAGAGGGCAGCACUCUCACUUUAUCUGAGAUCCGUCACAUCAUCGAGACGCGCUACGCUGUCCCCGGCAAGAGUCUGCAGGAGCAGAACGAGGCCAUUGGCGUGGAUGCAGCCAUGAAGUACAUCAACACCACACUGUUGUCUAGAACGGGAACAAUCAGAGUUAGUGACAUCCUGGAGAUCCACAAAAGAGUGCUGGGUUACGUGGACCCUGUGGAGGGAGGGUGCCUGCGCACCAACCAAGUGUUCGUGGGCCAUCACAUCCCGCCGCACCCGCAGGACCUGGAGCGGCACAUGCAGGAGCUGGUCCAGUGGCUCAACUCGGACGAAGCCUUGCAGCUGCACCCGGUCGAGUACGCCGCUCUUGCUCACUACAAACUGGUGUACGUGCACCCGUUCGUGGACGGCAACGGACGCACGUCACGGCUCUUGAUGAACCUCGUGCUCAUGCAAGCGCGAUACCCGCCCAUCACCAUUCGCAAAGAACAAAGGUCAGAGUACUACGCGGCUCUAGACACGGCCAACGAGGGCGACGUGCGUCCUUUCAUUCGUUUCAUUGCCAAAUGCACCGAGGUUACACUGGACACUUUGUUGAUCUCCACCACUGAGCACACGGUGGGACUCCCGGGAGGCCGGCAGGAUCAACCCUGUCCUGACUGCAAACACACCAUCCCAGUUCACUACUGAUUUGGGGACUGGAGGGCACUAGCAUUCACCCUAAGAGGUCAUAAACAUCAGAUCAUGUCUUGGAACUGCUGAAAAUUAGUUUGAGUGAGAAGAGGCGACUGUUGUGACUUCAAUAGCUUCAAUAACUGACAUUCUCGUGCAGAGUUCUUUUGGGAAGAAUGUGAUAGCACUUUCAUCAUUUAUUUAUUUUAUGCAAAUAAAGUGAUAUUAACUUUA